CGUGAGGUAGCCAUCGACGACGCCGCGCCAUACAUGUUGUCGCCCGCGCGUCAUAACCUCCGCCAACGGUCGGACGGACGAGUGCGCGUAUACGCUCGCGGAGCCGAGAGCGCUUGAUUAUUGCACGCGGGAUUGUCGUCGCGUGGGCAAGGUUACCCGCACCGGUGGCUCUCGGUAGUGAAGUGUAUGUGGACUACGUCGCAUCUCCUUUGCUUCUCCUCGCACGGCGGUCACGCAUGCGGAAACUCUUUCUCCGGCCCGGCAAAAAUUAAUUUACUGUGAGAAACAAUCAGGAUGCGAGGCGCGCUGAUGGGUAUCCCGUUUCGGUCGUGCAACGAGGCCGUUGCUCGAUGUUUGGGAAAAAUCACGGGUCGUUACUAUUCGACUGCGAAACCCGAAUUAACGUCGGUCAGGUAUAAAAUGCGACGUGGACCCUACGCCACGGUCACGGACGCAGACAUUCGUUUCUUCGAUUCGUUGCUUGGCUCCAAUCGCUUCAUCACGGAUCCGGAUGAAUGCGAAAGAUACAAUAUCGAUUUCCCAAAGACCGUAAGAGGUAUCAGUCGGUUAGUUUUAAAACCGAAUUGCACCGAGGAGGUAUCGGCCAUAUUAAAAUAUUGUAAUGAGAGACGAUUAGCAGUCUGUCCGCAAAGUGGUAACACCGGUCUCGUCGGCGGAAGCAACCCUGUGUUUGACGAAAUCGUCAUCUCCAUGCAGCUUAUGAACAAAAUUCUGAACACGAAUGAAUUGGCAGGUAUACUGACAUGCGAAGCUGGCUGCGUUUUACAAGAUCUGGAGAAUCAUUUGUCUACCGUCGGCCUGAUGAUGCCCUUGGAUCUGGGAGCAAAAGGUAGUUGCAUGAUUGGCGGUUGCGUAUCCACAAAUGCUGGGGGAUUGCGACUUCUGCGUUACGGCAAUCUCCACGGAAACGUCUUAGGAGUUGAAGCGGUGAAGGCAAAUGGUAACAUCGUAGACGCGCUGAACGCGCUAAAGAAGAAUAACACCGGAUAUCAUUUAAAGCACCUUUUCAUUGGCUCUGAAGGUACAUUAGGAAUUGUAACCAAGGUAGCUAUUCAGUGUCCUCCGUUGCCAAAGAGCGUAAACGUUGCGUUUCUAGGAUUGGCAAACUUUGAUAAGGUAUUGCAAACGUAUCAUUUAGCGAAACGCCAACUAGGUGAGAUUCUAUCUUCCUGCGAAAUGAUGGAUCGACUAUCUAUUGAUGUAUCCAUCAACAGUUUGGGUUUGAAGAAUCCGUUAACAAGCCGUGAAGAUGGUCACGAUUUUUAUAUGAUUAUUGAAACUUCCGGUAGCCAUCUUGCCCAUGAUGAAGAGAAACUAACGUCUUUUGUAGAAAAAGCGAUCAAUGAUGACAUCAUUGAAGAUGGCACAUUGACUAAUGAAACAACAAAACUUCAUAAUAUAUGGGCCCUUAGAGAAAGGAUUAGCGAAGGUGUUUUACGUGAUGGUUAUGUCUUUAAGUACGACAUUUCUCUACCUCUGUCAUCAUUUUAUGAAGUCGUCGAGGUACUUCGCAAGCGUAUACGUGAUCCGCGUGUUGUUAGAACGAGCGGUUACGGCCAUUUAGGCGAUGGAAAUAUUCAUGUACAAGUCUCCAUUCCGGAGUAUUAUGAGGAUGUGGCCGCGCAAUUGGAGCCGUUCAUUUUUGAAUAUGUGUCAAAACAUCACGGAAGCAUCAGCGCCGAACAUGGCAUCGGAUUCAAGAAGACCAAAUAUUUACAUCUGAGUAGAAGUUCUUCCGAGAUCGAAAUGAUGUACGAUCUAAAAAAAAUGAUGGAUCCGAAUGGCAUUCUGAAUCCAUAUAAGGUUUUAAAGCCACUUACAGAAUCGUCAUGAUCAUCGUAGUUUAUAAGCAAAAAUAAUAUUAAUGUGCCAUUCAAUGUGCCAUUCGAAUAAAAUUGAUUGGAAAUUGAGUUAAAUCGCUCGGCUAUCUAAAAGAUUGUCUUCAUGAAAUGUUUAAGAAAAUAUUUGUAUUGUAAAAUAUUAAUAAGAUAGUAUUUGGUGUUCCAUGCUCGUUGAUUUUACAAGCAAGAUUUUAUACAGGGUUAGGCGUAAAUUACAGUAUAUAUCAUAAAAAUAAUGGAUUAUUGAAGAUUCGGCUCUUACGGAAAAUGAGUAUUGAAAACUUAGUACUUAGUAUCGGCCAAAACUAAAUUGGUCAAUACUUUUUUGGCCAAUACUCAGUAUUGGUGAAUACUCAUUGUCAGUAUUAGUAUUGGCGAAUACUUUUGUAUGAAUUUCUUUGAAAUAUCCGCAUAAAUAUUAUAUUAUUACACCACAUAAUCCCAAUGAGCAAAACAACAUUUUUGUAAUAUUUUAAAAAACAUUUUUUGCAAAAGUUUUCAUGAUUUUUUUUCGAAAGUUUUCAAGCGGCCAUCCAUCUAAGUCGCAACGAUACUUAACGUCUGCAAUUGUUGCGAACUGAUCUCUCGUGUUGACCUGUGAACACUUUGUGCUGAUACGUAUAUAUAACUGAUAGAUCAAGUCAAUAUGUGUCAUUGAAAAAAUAAAACAUGUAUAUUUAAAACAUAUUAUUUAUAUAAACAUAUAUAAAAUUAUAGUUUUACUAUUUUCAUAAAUGUGCGCGGAAUAGCGUCUGGAAUAACUUUUUUGUUAUUUGUUUAAAUAAGAAUGUAACUAGAAAAUAUAUGUCAAUAUAAUACAAUAAUUAAAUACGAAAAAAUUUUUAUUAAAAAAAACGUUUAAAAAAUAUUGUCUGUUUAUUGGGAUGUAAAUCGAGGUUUCUUUAUUUAUGGACUUAUCAAUUUAUGUUUCUCAGUAGUACUGUAUUCAAGAAAGAAAUCUCGGACUUCAUAUAGUAACUGUCAAUACUCAGUAUUCGUCAAUACUUAUUUUUCUAUAUAAGGGGGAUUUAUCAAAAAUAAUAAAAAUUAUAUUUUGUUUUUAAUUUUUGAUGCUAUAUUUUUAUUUUAUUAAUAGCAAUAUUGGAUGUAUUAACUUAUAAUUUAAUUACUUUUUUCUGUAUUGUGUAAGCCAAUUUAUAAUAAUUUAUAUAGUCUACAUUGUCUGUAUUGUCUGCAUGAAAAAGAUUCGUGUAAACACAACAUAAAUAUCUACAAAGAUAUAAUCUAAAAACAUACGGCAUAACUCUGGUAAAAAUAAUUUGUAAUCAAAAGUGAUGUAAAUAUAUCAUUUAAUGUGCCAUUUUAAUAAAAUCGAUAGGAGAUUAAAUAAAAUUACACAAUUAUCUAAAUAAAUAUUUUCAUGAAAAAUGUUUAAUAGAAUGCCGAAGUAUUCCUAUUAUGUACUAUUAAUACGAAUGUGUUCGGCAUUACAUGCGCGAUUUUAUAUACAACGUUUUAUUUACUUCUGCUUUGGCUAUUUUCCAUCUGUCGAUAAAAACAGAUAAAACAUUUCGAUGACUAACACCUUACUCAAAAUAGAUACGUGGCGUAAUUAGUAAUAGCUAUGAGAAAUAUCAAAAUGUAUUUUAUAUGUGUUUGCAAAUAGAAUGUUCUAGAUGCAUAUAAUUAUCUAAUUUUGAAAUAUCAAUAUCGAUAUAACAUAAAUAUGUACCUGAUAUGUAAAAAAGAGACUGUGACUGUAUAAAAAGCGAGUGAACUGAGGAUUUGAAUAUUAAAGGAAUGCAAAGAAGAGUCUCUUUUGUUGCGUAUAUGCACACUUGCCUGCAUUUAAUGUAGUCAUGCUUAGGAUUAAAUGAAACAUUUAUAGAAUUUUAUCUAGAAAAAACGGUGAUAUAAUGAAUAAAAUAAAUUUCUAAUAAAGAUUUU